GCGAUUCUCAUUUAUAACCGUGGUCUCCUCGACUCUCCGUCGACAACCAUGGCGGCAAAGGGCAAGGCACCGGCAGUGGGAGCAGCAUCUUCAAAUUGGCUGGCUCUUCAAAAGACGAUCUCCAAAAAAGCGUCUUCAGCAGACGGACCUCCUCAGAAACGCCGCAAGGUCGACAAAACGCGCUCGGUGUCCGUCGCCCCAGUCGCAUCCACAUCAAAAACGACCAUCGAGGAUGACUUUCCUCGCAAUCACAACCAUACACGCAUCGCCCAGGUUAAGGCCGAUGAACCAGUCGACUACGACAGCACCGAGCGCAAAAACGGCGAAUCGCUCGGCCACCUGCGCAAGAUGAUCUUUGGAAAAGUCGAGCACACCUCGGCACAACAAGCACCCGGGAAAUACGUCGCCGUCGACUGCGAGAUGGUCGGCGUGGGCAUCGACGGCGCGGAGUCGUCCCUCGCGCGCGUCAGUCUCGUUAAUUACCAUGGGUAUGUGCUGCUCGACGAGUUCGUGCGCCAGAAGGAGCGCGUUGCGGACUAUCGGACGCAGUGGAGUGGGAUACGAGAGAAGGAUAUGCUUCUAGCGAAACCUUUCAAUGAGAUACAGGCUCAGGUGGCUGAGAUCGUCAAGGAUAAGGUCUUGAUUGGGCACGCUAUACACAACGAUCUCAAGGCACUCCUACUAUCCCACCCAGGCCCCAUGACGCGUGAUACACAGCACCUCGCUGCAAAACACAAUGUUGUCAAGGGCAAGCGCCCCGCACUUCGGAAUCUAGUAAAGCAGGAGCUCAACGUCACGAUCCAAGGGGGCGAACAUUCUAGUGUAACGGACGCGCGAGCCACGAUGGCCGUCUUCCGCCUGCACCGCAAAGAGUGGGAAAAGGGCAUACGGCCCAUGCCGUCGUCCUCGCAGCCUGCGUCGCGGAAACGCUCUGCGGAGGAUGCCGACGUUGACGAUUUAGAGGAAGGAGAGUCGGAGAAAAGGCAGAUGCCAGUGGGUGGACGGAAAGGCGUGAGCUCGGGCUUGUCGACCAUCAUAAAGCGGAAGGGCGCGAGCGCGAGCGAAAAGCCGAGGAACGAGUGGUGGAAGGACCUAGGAAGCAGUAAGGUGAAAGGAACGUUGAGGUUGUAGGGUAGCGGUGUGGUCCAUGUUUCGAUGUAUACCACCGGGUUCAUGGGCAGCCUAACAAGGCCUCGAGGGAGCUGCGUUGAGGUUGUAAUUCAACACCACCGAGGACAGACUGAGUUCGUGGACUCCCUCAAGCGUAUAUCUGAGGUAAUUCCGGCAAAGUUGAUGUAGUGAUCCAACACCGACGACCUCCGAGCGCCCGCCUCUCCAAUCCAACUCCGACCCUGUCGGAACGCUCCUUUGUGUCCGAUUCACGUUGCUCCUGCGUCCCUCACGCGCGCUCGGCUCGUUUUCCCCUUCUCGCUACGCCGCUUGUGACACCCUCCAACGCGGUCGCGAUGCCUUCGUCUAGGGUUGAGUGAUGACUGAUGCACGCUAUGUGCUUACCUGAAACUCUUCAGGUCAG